UUCACUAACUUAAGUUCACAUUAAAUUCAUAGUAAUAAUAAUAAUAUAAUAAAAAAGCCAGUUCAGAGGAACACAAAGCCAAAUUCAUAGAAAUUAAAAUGGCAAUGUUAAACCUACUAAACAGCCCUUUCUGUAUAAGUAAUUCUGGUGGUAGAGUUGUUAGGAAUAGGGUUCUUCCACCUGCGAUUCCAACAUUUAUUCAUGCAAGUUCAAAGCAGGAGUCUAAAGCAUUUGAUACGGCAAAGGAAACUAUAAAAGGAGUCAAUGAAACAAAGGAGGCCACCAAAAACAUGAAAGAUAGUGCUAUUUCUGCUGCUUCCCAAGUGAACCAGAAGGCACAAGAAACUAUAAAACAAGGAGCUAAUCAAGCAGCAGAUGCCACAAAAAACAUGAAAGAUAAGACUACUUCAGCUGCUAGCCAAGUGAGCGAGAAGGCAAAAGGAAUGGCUGAGAAGGCAACGGAUGCAGCAAAACAGGUAUGGGACACUGCCAUAGAAACUGCUCAAAAGGCUAAAGAAACUGUGCUUGGGAAAGCUGAUGAAUCCAAAGGAGGCAUUAAAGAAAAUAAAGUGAACUCAUAAUUUAUUUCUAAAAUGUUGAACCACAGCAAAAUAAAUUCACCCUAAGGUCAACUACCCAAUUAUUAGUUGUAUACCUUAUUCAGUUUCUUAUUUCUAAAACCUUCAAUUUUUUGUUUUUUAAUUAUUUAUCUUCUUCUUUUUUAAAGCUAUUUUCUUUACUACUAGCCAUAUAC